AUGAAUAGACCAAGGAAAGUAUUUAAACCUACGAAGAAAAGUGACAAAAAAAUUAAUCCAACAAAUCAAAAAAUAAUUUUAAAUAAAUCAAGUGAUGUAAGUAGUAGUGAUGAUCAAAAUGAUGAAGAACCUUUAGCAGCUUUAAUAGAUGAGAAUAUUAAUCCUAAUUAUUAUGUAAGAGGAGGCAACAACAAUCAUUUUAAUAAUUUCAAUCCACCUUCAAGAUCAGAAUCACCAAAUCAAUUUAGACCAUUGUCACAUUUUCCUCAUGGGCAUCUUUCAGCACGUGAACAAGAACUUAUUGCGCGUGAAACUGGCUCUCCACUAAUUAAUCUACCAGAAAAACCUAGAAGUCCACAAACAGGUUUGAUUGGUGCAAUUGCUGCAAGAGAGGUUCAUAGAAAAUCAUUAGGACCAGGAGUGUUUGCACGUCAAGCAGAAGCUGAAAGAGAGCGAGAUUGGGAACAUAGAUUAAUGGAACAACGGCAACAAUUGUUGAUUGCUGAGAGAGAACACAGCCUGCAUAAUCGACCUGCAUUAAUGAUUGAGGUGUAUGAAGUAGUGGUAUUGGUAGAUGACAUAUUGCUGUAUAAUUGGUGCUGA